UGACAAAAGAGGUCGCGCACCUUUUCAUAACAACAGCCGACAUUUUCUCUGAGUGAAUCUUUUAUUUUGCACGCGAGCACAUUUAGCCGUAAUUUAGUAGAAUUCGCCGCGCGGAUUGAUCAUUGCCGGAGCGCGCCCGAUCGAGCCGCGCGCGAUCCUAGUAUUUUAAUCGUGAACCGUCUGUGAUAUUUUCUUAUUGAUAAGCAACUGUAAACAAAGGCAUCGAACCAGCAACUCUCUCGCUCUUUCGCCAACUGCUUUUACAUACUUUUCGCACCUAAACUAGACUUGUUUUACUCAAACUUGUUUCGCCACCUUUUUGGCCACGCACGCUAUCAUGUCUGAGGAGACAGUCAGCAAUCAGCAAUUGGAGUACAACAAUCAAUCGCCAGAGCAAUCAGGCACGCCUAAAAAUGAUGAGAUUGAGGAGCUGUCGGGAGAGCAGGAGGUCGUUUGUGAGGGACCAAAGGAGCCUCGGCUUCAGUAUUCGAGAGAUGAACUGAUGGCCUUGAAGGCACACCCUUUGUCCAUCCUACGACCCGAUUGUUUUGACCCAAGCAGGAACAAGCGAAUUGCCAACUUAAGCUGUAUCAAGGACUUUGGUCAAGCGGCCGCCGCUAGCCAAGGUGGGGGCGGCGGGGGCAGCCGCUCCUGGGAGCGAGGUAAGCAGGACUCUCCACCUCCCAGUGAUGACCCCAACGCCAUCGUGCUUGGACCUGAGAAGGUUCGAAAGGUAGGGGACCCACGUGAGCGGAUUCGCAAGGAGCAAGAUGGCAUUGUGCUCAGCCCACAGAGGCGCAGCUUCAACUCUGGGUGUUUUGUACCUGGUGGGGGUUUGGCUGCAGGGUGCGGCAUGGGGGCCAACGCUGUUGCCCCCAAUGCCCCCAGGAGGCCUGAGAGUCCACUGGGCAAAGGAGAUAGCAGAGAUAACGCAAUUAGGGAAAUUCCCUCUCGUCGCAUUGGUUCAGGCAGAAUCAUGAACCGCGAAAGGGAAUCUGAGAGUAGCACUGGAAGUGGUGGACGUGGCUGGGACUUCAACGACCGUAGCAGCGGCCGCAUCAGUAGCGAGAAGGAUGACUUCUCCUCUUUCCGAGGUCUCCGCGAACGCGAUCGAGACGAACGAUUUGAACGCCGCUCGUUCGGCCGCGAGUUUGAGAGGAAUGACAAGGAGCGACGUGGCGCUCAAGGUUCCAGAUAUGGCGACCGGCGCAGUCAUAAGGACGAUGAACCGGAGUGGUUCUCAGGCGGCCCUACUUCUCAACAUGACACUAUUGAGCUGCACGGCUUUGACGAAGGAGAGGGCAAGAAGAAGAAGAAGCAAGGAACACCACCAAAAGCAAAAUCUCCUGCUGCUCCCAAAGAUGAGGUCGAGGAGAGGAAGGUGGAGGAAAAGGUCAUUGAAAAGAGAGAGGAGCCAAAGGAAGUUGUUGGCAAAGAAAAUAUACAGCCACAGCGAGAUGUGCCGAAGGAGUCAUUCAACAUUGAGGAAUUUCUCAAGCAAGACAUGCAUGACUUCAGCCAAGUGUUUGCCUCUGGAUUUCAGAAUGAGGCUCCUGCUGAACAAAGUGGUGGCGGCGGCGGCGGUGGAUCACGGUUUAGCCGCUUUUUCAAGCCAGAUAGCCCAACUGAACACAGGAGAUCAUCAAUUCAGGAUGAGUUCAUUGGCAGUUUCAUGAAAGAAUUGGAUGAGCCUAAAGUGAAUAUCCCUGCGCCUGGUGGCUCGGAGGCCUAUUUUGCCCCAAUUUCUCCAGCAGCUGCUGGAAGUAGUGGGCCUGCAGCUGAUAGCGACAAGUCAAGCAACCUGCUUGCUAUGCUUCAGAGAGGCCAGCAACAGGAAAAGGUCCCAAAGAUAAGGGAGCUUGAGAGAAGUGGCCGACUGCACAGUGUGGAGGAAUUAGAAGCAAAAAUGCUGCAGCACAACUUAAAUGCCCCACGCCAGUCUGAGAAGGAUCAAGAGGCAUUCCAAAAACUGUUCAUGCAGGCAUCGCAGAGUGGAGGACCGGAACCAGCUGAACAGUCUGAUGUCAACAAGCAGGAUCGCAAAGACAUGCACCUUAAUAAACCGAACCCUGCUUCUCGACUCUCUGGCCGCAUCAUUUCACAGGGCAACAAGGACAUUGAUCCAGCUAUGUUUGGUGCUUAUUCUGAACAUCAGGGGCACCCUCAUCAACAGAUGCAUCCUCCUCCUCAACAACCCCAACAGCCGCAGCAGCAACAGCAGAUGCCUGCGGUCCCUCAGGACGUAUUGCUCAAGUUGCUUGAACUUCAACAGCAACAACAGCACCAGCAUCAGUCGCAGAGGCAGCAGCAGGAAAACAAGAUGCUUGGCCGUGGAAUAUUUGGCAGCACAGCCAUGACAUCCCCAAUUCCUGCUGAUGUGCAGGCUCUUGUGCACAAUGUGCACCCUAACCAUGAACUGCUGAUGAGACCUGAGGCACAGAACAUUAUGGACGGCCUUCGUCAUGGCAAAUUUACUGUCCAGAACUUGGUGCACCAGCUGCACAGUCAGAACAUCAACCCUCGCAUUAGGGAGACUGUAGCAGGUGUGCUCAAAUUGCACCUGCAACAGCAACAGGCUCGAGCUGUAUCUCCACAUGUGCCACCCAUGCACCAGCAGAUGCGAAUCACUUCACCCAUGAACGGUGGCGAUCUCAUGCAUCAAGGUUUGUGUCCAACCUUGGGAGGUGUUCUAGGCACCAGUCCUGUGCCACCCAUGCAGAGCUCUUCUCUGACGGUGCAGCACUCAGGAAUUCCUCAUCGCGUUCCAUCCCCACAUGAGCUUAUCUUGCACACUCGCCAGAUAAUGCAAAAUGCUUUGCUGAAGAAAAAGCUGGAAGAGCAGUCUGAGAACUAUCAUCGCAAACAGGAGAGGCAGAGAGCCAUGUCUCCUGCCAAUGUUAAACCAUCUUCGUCGUCCCCCCUUGCUUUCACCCCAACUUCUGUCCUCCGCAAAAUGACUGCUGAGAAAGACUUUGAUGGAGGAGCUGACGCAAAAUCAGUAGCUCGUUCUCACAUGCAAUUGGAGCAGCACAGCAACUGGAAGCCGAUUGAGCCUAUUGUACCAAAGCCUCAUCAGGGUCGACCAAUAGUGAAGGGCAGUGGCAGCCAGCAACAACCCCCUUACAACUUCCCUCCUGAGAUGGGUCGAGUGCCCCAGCCUAACAUGAUGGGCAUGCAGCAACGCAUGAUGGGCGCCCAAAAAAUUGGACCUCAGAAUUCCAUGCAGCAACAGGCUUUCAUGGAUCAGCAGAACGUUUUUCCUCAGCAAAAUAGAGACAUCCAGAUGGAAAAUAGUGGAAGCAGCAUUCUGCUGCAACAGCUAUUGUCAGGCCAAAGGUCUAUCAACUCGAUCAACAUGGCUCAGCAACAACCUCAUGGCGUUCCUCGUCCUCUACGUGGUCAGCAGGUUGAUGGGUCUGGAAGCUCAAACCUGUCUCAGUGGUUCUCAGGCGCCGGUCAGAUGGGAGUCAUGCCGCCCAUUCCCACAUCUAAUACAUUCAGUGUGGAGGAGCUGGAGCGCCGGCAGCAGCCCUCGACUGCCACCCCAGUGCACAACUAAACCUAUCAAAUAAGUUGAGUAGAUAUCCGAGUUGGGAACAAACUAUCAUCCAGCAAGUGCAAGCAAACUGGCAAAAAUUCAGCAGGCCGAAUCUGGGCCAGGCAUCAAUGUGAUAAAGAAUGAAUGCAAGCCGGGUGUCUGCUAGAUUGUUGAGUAAUUUUAGACUUGUACAAAGAGCAGAGGAAUCAUUGUCCUGCUACAGAUUGCAACUGAGAGAGGCUGACUAAUUAUUAUUAAUGAUCGUUUAGCGUUAGGAAGAUUCGAAGGAAGAAAAUUACUCGCAUACCGUAUUUUUAAGUUUGGUGCCAACACUUGUGGCCGAAUACUCGAUAGUUGAAUCAAACGAACCCUCCUCUCCUAAAUUGUCUGCUAGUCGGCAACCCUAACAACCAACCAAGCGAGAACUGAUCCAAGGUUUGAAAUUAUUCUGGACGUGCGCGCUUAACUCUUGACUUCAGUUGGCAUUCUGAAUAAAAUCCAACGUCAUUCCGUAAAAAAGAAAAUCAGUAAUAAAGAGAAGGUGAGAAGACUGGUAUACAUAAUUUACUUUUUGUCAGCGAUUCCUUAUUGUGGAAGCUCAAAUUGUUUCAAUUUUUAGGAUUAUUUUCUUUUCUUGUUCAAAAAAUUGAACGUAGCAGUUACAGAAGGUCAAGUUUGACUUGAACUCAAAACAAAUAAACAUUUUUUUCAAACAA